AUGAAUUAAAUAAUUUGCUUUAAAAAAUGUAAGUUAACAUAUCAAGAAAACAUUUUAAUUUAAAAAGUAACAUUUAAACCAUGUUUCUUUUUCUGAGUUAAAACCGACUGUAAUACGUAACUUAAAAUUUGUUUAAACAUUGUUAGUAAAAGUAAUUUUUCCAGCUUAGAGUGGAAUAUCACUGUUUUAUCCCACUUGUAUUUACUUAAAAUAAAUAUAUAUGUAUAAAUUAACAUUAAGUUGCAUACUUGUACGUAUUUAUCUAAAUAUUUUUGUUUGAAAAUGGAUACCAAUUUCAAACUAUGUAAUUCGAUGUAUAAAUAAAUGAUUUUAUGGUUUGAAAUAAUAUAGGUACCCAUGUUCCAACUCAUUACCCAAUUGUUGUUAUGUAAGUAAAAUCAUCUUUGAAUUUAUUUAUUCAAAAUUGUCCAUUUUAAUGAGUGUUGUACCCAUACAGCAGUUUACUGCUGCAGUUAUAUUUAAUUGUAUUACUCAACGUCAAUUUAUAGAUGCAUUUUUAAUAUAUUCAUAAUACAAACAUGUGCACCUUGAUGUGUACGAUAAUACAGCUAAGUGAUAAAUAUGUUACUGUUUUAAGUAAUCAACGAAUUUUUUUUAACUAGUGUGUCAUAUAAAUCAUUUUUAUUAGAUGUCAUAUAUUGACGCAUUUUCCAUAGAUCAUACAUGUUGUAUUGUGUGUGACAUCAAAUCAUUGUCGAGUUUUGAUAUAAGUUGCCAAUUGUACAAAUAAUGAAACAUUGUUACCUGUACCUAAUAUUUCAAAAGUUAUACCUUUUAUGUAAUACAAAUUUUAAAUUUUAAAGUGUUUGGGAUAAACUUAAAUAUGCGAAUAUUUACCGUCUUAAUAUUUUUUUUAAUAUUAUGUUUAAUUCAUGUGCGUACAGCUCCAGGGAAAUCGAAAAACGGCAAAAAUAAAGAUAAUUUUGGAAAAUUUGCAGACGCUUUUGUUGAAAAUGAAUGGGUGAAGCGUAUGAAAGACGAACCACAUGAUAAUGAAGAUAAAGACUCCAAACCAUCUGCUAAUCAUGCUGGUUCAUCGAAACGUAAGAAACCAUCUGCUGAUUUUGCUGAUUUACCGAGUGACAAUGAACCAUCUGCUGAUCAUGUUGAUUUACCGAGUGACAAUGAACCAUCUGCUGAUCAAGCUGAUUUACCGAGUGACAAGGAACCAUCUGCUGAUCAUGAUGAUUCACCGAGUGAUAAUGCAAAUUCAGAUACUAAUAAUGGUAAUGGUAAUAAAUCGUCAAAUAAUAAUAGAGGAAGAGGAAGAACAAAGAAUAAUAGGGGAAAUAGAGGAUUUAAUUACAAAAAAGGCUUUAAAAGAUUAAAUAAUAGUAUGAGGCGUAUCGGACGUUAUAAACUUUUUAAAGUGGUGUCGUUGGCAGAUGUAUUAGCUUCCAAAUACAAAUAUAAAUACAAAUUAUUGAGAAAUAGAAGACAAUACAAUAAGUUAAAUACAGAAGAAGACGAAAUACAAAAAAUUAAAAUAUUUAAUAAGAAUACGAUAUCGGAUGAAAUUCGAGACUUUAAAAAGAAAAAAUUAGUUGAAAAUAAAGAAAACAAUCAAAUAAUAAAUAAAAUAGUAAGUAUUAUUCUCAAAAAAAAAAUCAAUCAUUCCAAUAGAGGCAAUAAUAUUCAAAGUCAUAAAAAUGAAUUGGAUAGCAAAAGUAUUGAUACGCAUAUAAAAGAAAACCACUUCAUUAAAAAAAAAUAUAAAAAGGAACUCAAAAGUGAAGAAAAUAAAUCAAAAUCAGACAAUAAUACAAAUGAAAAAAAAACUGUUGAAUUAAAAAUUGAUAAAAACUCUAUAAAUUCAGAUGCAAAAAAAAAAUUAUUAACUGAGGAAAAAAAAAAGGAAGAUGAUUUAGAAACUAAAUAUGAUUUUCAAACAUUAAAAAAUAAAGUCGAAAAAGGUCAGAUGAGUAUUUCGAAGUAUUCGGAAUAUGAGUCGGGAUCGUAUAGUGGUGACAAUUAUGAAAAUGAUUCAAUGAAUUUUCUAGAAUCAAAAAAUUUGGAAAAAUUAGAAAAGAACCCCGUAUCUGCAGUACCUAUUGCAACUAAGAGAAGUUUAAUCAGUGAUUCUAUUCCCAAAACAAAAAAUACAAAUAUUGAAACACAAAAUUAUAACAGUAGAGAAGUGAAUAAAGCACUUGAAAUUCGAAAAUAUAUUAAAGGCCAUCAAGAAAUUAUACCACAGAUUAAGAAUAGAAAAAUUGAUAGAAAAUCUUUAAACAUUGAUCCAAAAUCAAAAUUAUCAACUAAAAAACCAAAGAGUAAAAGUGAUUUAAAAAAUAAUCCAAAUUUACAAACAUUAAAGAAUACAGAUAAAGAGGGAAAGACUAGUGUUCCGAGGAAUUCGAAAUAUGAGUUGGAAUCGUAUAGCGACGACGAAUAUGAGAUUGACUCAAUGAAUAUUUCGGGAUCACAAUCUUUGGAAAAAUUGGGAAAGACUACUAUGUCUGCAGUACCCAUUGAAACAAAGAAAGGUAUAAUCAGUGAUUCUAGUCUUGAAAAAAAGAAAGAAAAAAAUGAAAAACCAAAUAAUACUGAUAUAGAUGUGGAUAAAGAAGGUCCCAAUCAAAAUUCUAUUAAAGGCCAACAAGAAUUCAUAAAACAGCCUAAAAAAAACAAAAUUGAUGGAAGGGAAAGCAGGGGAAUAUUUGAUGUAUUCCCUGAAUCGACAAAUAUUGAAAAUUCAGGAGGCUCUUCGUUUUUAAAAUCAAAUGAAAAAUAUUAUGAAGAUUUUUCUGAUGUAAAUACAAGCGAAAAAUUAUCUGAUAACCCAGAAAAUCCCAUUAGACAAAGUCCUACUAAAAAACAAAAGGAUACUCGUGAAGGACCUAUUGACAAUAAAUCACCUAGUAAGUUGGACACUAUGGGCCCUAAGAGAAAGAAUGAAAAUUCUAAAGAUAUGGUGCAAAAACCAGAGCAACCACUAGAAUUCAUAGAAAAGUUAAUUCCAAAUUAUUUUGAACGAUUGCCGAAGAAAAAGAAAAUUUCUCCAAACAUUGACGAAAAAUCUAUUAAUGAAAUUGACAAGGGUACUUCUUCAAAAGAAAACAAGUCUGAAAAUAAUCCGUUUUUAUUAUCCGAAGAACCACUAAAUAAAAAGGGGAGUAGAGGAAAAGCGGAAACAUUCCCUGAACCAACAAAUAUUGAAAAUUCAGGAGGAUCUUUGUUUUUAAAUUCAAAUGAAAAAUAUUAUGAAGAUUUAUCUGAUGGGAAUACAAGNGAAAAAUUAUCUGAUAACCCAGAAAAUCCCAUUAGACAAAGUCCUACUAAAAAACAAAAGGAUACUCGUGAAGGACCUAUUGACAAUAAAUCACCUAGUAAGUUGGACACUAUGGGCCCUAAGAGAAAGAAUGAAAAUUCUAAAGAUAUGGUGCAAAAACCAGAGCAACCACUAGAAUUCAUAGAAAAGUUAAUUCCAAAUUAUUUUGAACGAUUGCCGAAGAAAAAGAAAAUUUCUCCAAACAUUGACGAAAAAUCUAUUAAUGAAAUUGACAAGGGUACUUCUUCAAAAGAAAACAAGUCUGAAAAUAAUCCGUUUUUAUUAUCCGAAGAACCACUAAAUAAAAAGGGGAGUAGAGGAAAAGCGGAAACAUUCCCUGAACCAACAAAUAUUGAAAAUUCAGGAGGAUCUUUGUUUUUAAAUUCAAAUGAAAAAUAUUAUGAAGAUUUAUCUGAUGGGAAUACAAGCGAAAAAUUAUCUGAUAACCAAGAUAAUCCCACUAGACAAAGUCCUACUAAAAAACAAAAGGAUAAUAGUGAAGGACCUAUUGACCUAUCUAAUCGUUUAGGGCAGACAAAUUCUGAUCAUGAUCCUAAUAAUAGUGGAAAAGAUGAUAAUAAACACACUCCUUCACACAAACCCACACUACCUCCUAAUGAAAAUUCUGAUAAUCAAUUACAACCAAAUAAUUUAAGCAAUAUGAAUACAUUAAGUCCUGAAAUAAAACAUCAACCAUCAACCACAGAUAUUUCCAAAGGUGAUCAACUUCCAAUGAAUCCAAAAGACAAAUCUAUUUCAAGUCCUACUAAAAAGAUGCCCAAAAAUGACACACCUACUACGGAUCAGACAAUUCAUAAGGAUGAUGAAAAAGUAAUGGAUUUCGAAGAGGAUAAAACUAAUACAGUUCCAUUAUCAGACUCAAAACAACCCAUGGAUGAUAAUGGGAAAAGAGAAAAACCAAAUUCCUUCACUGAUUUUUCAGAUUUCUGGGAUUCAGGAGGUUCAUCAUUUUUCGACCCGGUGAAGAAAUUAUCUGAUCGUAUUGAGGACCCGAAAAUUGAUCAUGAACCUAAUAAUAGUAGAGAAGAUGAUAAUAAAUACACUCCUUCACUCAAACCCACACUAUCUCCUAAUAGAAAUGAUGUUCAUAUAUUAGCACCAAAUAUUUUAAGCAAUAUUAAUACACUUAGUCCAGAAAAACAAGAUCAAACAUCAUCUAAAGAUAUUUCGAAAGACGAUCAACAUCCAAUAAAUCCAAAAGACAAGUCUAUUUUAAGUCCUAUUAAAAAGAUGCCCAAAAAUGACUCAUCUUCUAAUACGGAUCAGACAAUUCAUAAGGAUGAUGAAACAGUAAUGGAAUCCGAAGUGGAUAAAUCUAAUACUGUUCCAUUAUCAGACUCAAAACACCCCAUGGAUGAUAAUGGAUAUGGAGAAAAACCAAAUUCCUUCAAUGAUUUUUCAGAUUUCUGGGAUUCAGGAGGUUCAUCAUUUUUCGACCACGUGAAGAAAUUGUCUGAUCGUAUUGAGGACCCGAAAAUUGAUCAUGAACCAAAUAAUAGUAGAGAAGAUGAUAAUAAACACACUCCUUCACUCAAACCCACACUACCUCCUAAUGAAAAUUCUGAUAAUAAAUUAUCACCAAAUAUUUUAAGCAAUAUUAAUAUAUUUAAUCCUGAAAUAAAAGGUCAAACAUCGUCUACAGAUAUUUCCAAAGGCGAUCAACAUCCAUUGAACCCAGAAGACAAAUCUAUAUCGAUUCCUACUAAGAAUUUGCCCCAAAACGACAUUCCUCCCAUUACAGAUCACACAAUUCAUAAGAACGAUGAAACAGCAGUGAUUUCUGAAGUGGAUAAAAUUAAUACCGUUCCAUUAUCAAACUCAAAACACCCCAUCGAUGGUAAUGGAAACGGAGAAAAACCUAAUUCGUCCACUGAUUCUUCCAAUUUUAGUGAUUCAAAAGGUUCAUCGUUUUUCCACCCAGUGGUGAAAUCAUCUGAUCGUUCCAGCGAGGGAACCACUAAUCAAAAACAUAAUGAAAGUGGAAAUGAUGAUAAUAAAAAAAUUCCUUCUCUCAAUCCAAUGUUGCCUUCGGCAGAAAAUUUUCACAAACAACCAAAUAAUUUAAAUAACAUUAAUACUAUAAAGCAUAAUUUGAAUUAUAAUGGAAAUGGAGAAAAUUAUAAUAAAUUUCCGAAUGAUAAACGAAACUUUACUGAAACUGAGAAAUUUUCGGGGAUUGAUAUUGCUCAUAUACCUUCACAAAAUUUGAAACCGAUGAAGAACAUUCAGAUCAAAAAUUCUCCUACCAAAUUGUUGAAUCAUACUGAUUCCCUUUUUGAAAAUGAUACGUUUCAAACUUCUAAUAAUGAACUAACAACCCAAGGAAAUAUUUUAAAUAGUCAUGUACUUCCCCAUAUACAUAUACAUCUACCGCAACAUUUUUCAGUGAGUGAAAAUAAAAACAAUGAACAAAUUUCAAACAGAAUUCAUAGGAAUAAGAAAAAACCGAAAAUUUUACAAAACAGUUCGAAAAUAUUUAAUGGACCUUACAUUUCGGAAUCUUUUAAUGGAUAUAAUAGUCUUCCAGCUGUUAAAAAAAAAAAGCAUGUGUUACAUGACUCACAAGAGAACAUUUCGGAAAUAUCAGACAAUAGUAGUUUAUAUUCUUCAAAAAUUAUAAGAAAAAGAAAGAGACCUAUACCAAAAAAUACGUCACUGAUAUCUCAACCAUACGAGACCAUAGUUACUUCUGAAAAUAAGGAUUUUCGUUCAUAUGAUAUUAAUCCAAAGUAUGAUUAUAAUCCAUAUGGUUAUAUGAUUCCUAAAUUCAAAACUAAAUAUGAAGAGCGUGUUUCUAAUGAUAAUUUAUGGGAAAAAGUACCACCAAAGAGAAAUAAAUAUUUCAAUAUUAAUACAGGCAUUGACCACUUCAAUAGAGAUUUAAGUAAUAACAAAGAAACAAUUGGAAAUCAUUUUGAUUACUUGCCUAACCCUGAAAAUCGUGAUACAAAUUUAAUAUCAAUAAAUGAAAAUUUAACAGGUCACGAUAAAGCUACAAUUAGCAAUUAUAAUAACAAUACUAAUGAUAAAAGUAAUGAUCUUUAUAAUGACUAUAUUAAGCAAAUGUUUAGCAAAAUUGAUAAUAUAGAAAAUAAGAUUUCCGAGCUCGAUAAAUUAUCUAGUAAAGGACUCAAUAAUAAGGUUAGUGAAAGAAUAACACCGAAUGUUCGAAAAGUCGACGAAGAUAAAUCACCUAGUACCAAAUCCAUAGAUAAACCAUCCAACGAAAGUAAUACAUUGGAAUCUAAUUCAAUUUUACAAAAAGGAGUUGAAACCAUUGAAAGUAAUAACAGCAAUGCAAGUGGUGAUGAUAAUAAAAUCAAAAAAUCUAAAAAAUCAAAUAAAAAUAAUAAUAAAACUCGCAAGACGAAAAUAAUAAAUAAAAAUAAUUUCGAUAAUGAUGUUGAAAUACGAAAUAAAAAUAGUCAUUCGAAAAAGAAAAAAAAGAAAGUAGAAAACAGAAAUUCGCUUUCAUUUAGUGAUAAUAAUUCUAGUUCAGAAAUAUCGGAUGAAAAUGACGAAUCUGUUAAAACUUUAAAGUAUAAGGUUAAACCAAAAUUACUUACAAGAAUUAAAAAAAAAAUAAAUGUAUUGAAAGGAAAAUUAAAAGACGAAAAGCGACCAAAAAAAUAUAGGAAGAGAACAAAUUAUGAAAUUCAUACAGAAGAUAAUUCAAGCGAUAAAAAUUAUGAUAUUUCUAAAAGAAACAAAAAAAAAAAUUUAGUAAAAAUUAGGCGUAAAAAUCAAACUAAAAUGCGAAAAAAAAAUAAAAAACUAAAACCAGAAAUUGUAAAAGAAAAAAGUCUAAAUAAUCAUAUGAUAAAAGAAAAUGAUAUUGAAGUUCAAAAAGUUAAUACAGACACUGAUAUGGAUAAUGAAUAUCAAUUGGUCAAAAUUUAUCCUCAAUAUGCAUAUAGAAGAUUUAGUUUUCCAAAGUUCUUUUAAUUGGUUCUAUAUACAUAAUAUAUUAGUGUUUAAUUUUAAAUAAAGAAACAGUUAGCAAUAUAUUUUUCUAUAAGACAAGAUCUACAUAUUUUAAAUACAGGUCAAAAUAUCCAAGGACAAAAUAUCCACGGACAAAAUAUCCAAACCAAAAUAUCCAAGGACAAAAUCUCCAACGGUCAAAAUAUCUAAAUUUAUCCGUUUUUCCGAAAAUUAAUACAUUACACUAUACUUUCUAAUACAACUAGCUCAAAUAUCAAAUUAUUUAAUCAUAAAAAAACCUAAAUUUUCUGAAAA